UCCAGGAGGCAGGCAGGAGGCAGAGGAACAGGGGCCUUGGGAAUUGCUCCUGUGCUCCUCCUGUGGUGCCGAGGGCACCCACAGACACUGCUCUGGCCUGAGGGACAGCACAACCAGCUGGGAAUGUGACAACUGUGCUGGCCAGAGCAUCCGCAGACACUGCUGUGGCACGACAGCCUGCACGAACAACUGUGACUGUGACAGCUGUGCUGAGUACCUGACAUCCUCCGGUGAAUUCUCAAUCCUUGCCAGACUCAUGGAGGAGUCUCCUGCUGUGUCAACAGAACAUGAGACCAUCACCCCCAGCACCAGCCAACAGGCAGCAUCAGAGCAGUCUCUGGAAUCUCCCUCAGAGGAGAUGAGCAGCCCCAGCCCUUAUAGUCAGGUAACAUCGAGGCCAUCCCACAGCAACAUCCCAGAAACUGAGGGCAGCAGCUGCUCUCGCAGUCGGGGGCCUGGCCGCCGGCAAAACCGCACCCGCCGGCAAAGUCGGCCCCCAAAUCCACAUCCUCGGUCCAGAAGUCCCCGUGACAGCAGCCAUGUGCCGGAACCAACUGCUGCGAGGCGCAGACCCAGGCAGGGACAAUCAGGGACAUCCCCCAGGCGAAAACGCUCCCGCCGGCAAAGUCGGCCCCAGAAUCCACACCUUCGGUACCCGAGUCCCUGUGACAGGAGAUGUUCGCCAGACCUCCGGUCCCCGAGUCCCCAGGACAGGAGCUGUUUACCACCACCACCAAGUCCUCGGAGGCGCAGACGCAGCGAGGAGGCAUCAGAGACAUCCCGCAGCCGAAACCGCUCCUGCGAGCAACGUCGGCCCCAAAAUCCACACCUUCGCUCCAGAAGUCGACGUCACAGGAGCCGUGUGAGAACACCAAGGGCCGGGAGCUGCACCUCCACCCAGGAAGCAUCAGAGACAUCCCGCAGCCGAAACCGCUCCCGCCAGCAAC